AUGCGGAGGGUUCUUUCAACCAGCGAGAGGCUUGCUUCUCACUGGGCCACCUCGUCUCGGCCUGGAAUCAGAAACCCAGAAUACCUCGAGCGCAGUCCGAUCGGUUAUUUGCGACGACUUUCAUAUGUUGCACCUUGUCCACAAAUAAUCCUUUCCACAAUUCCUCCGUCUCCAAGGCCUUGCGUCUACAAACGUGAGGCUCGCAAACUUCGCACCAGUCAGCGCUGGAGCAGCGAGCUAGCCGUGCCACGUCCAGCAUCAUUUGAAGAAGAAUCCCGUAUUGCCUUGCCCGAAUGGAAUUCUUCAGCAGAGGAGGAAGCAUACAAACAAAGCUUUUUUCAGGCAGUUGAAAAUGGACAACCGAAUCAAGUGAUGGAUGCCAUGGUUGACCCGCGCUCGGUGGGGCUGGUGGGAUCUUUGACCCAAACCGCAUUCGUCGAAAUUCUUCACCUACUCGCCCCGUCCCAUUUCAUUGAGCCCUACCGUGAUCUACAUCAUACUCUGCACGGAUGGGGAGUUUUGAUGCAGGGGCUACAGCCGAUUGAGGCGGUAUUCGACGAGUUCACAAAGGAUCUACUCACGAUCAUGAAAUAUAGAGUUGCGGCCGGGUAUCCACCUCAACUAGCGGAAUACACCCAUCUCCUGGACUGUGCGCGGGCAAUGGGAAAUGAGCCCUUGGCAGACGAGCUCUGGCAAGAAAUGAAGGCGAACAAUAUUGCCCCAGACACUGUGUGCUACAACCACUACAUGGGUGCAAAGGUCUGGGAUCAUUGCUAUGUGGGGAAGGAAUCAUACAAUCUCCGAAUCCUUCCUUACAGCUACAAGAAGCGACGCAUGGAAAACCCCAAUCCCGGCUGGCGUGGCUUUGGCACUGCAGCAAACAGUGUGAGGCGAAUGGUGCUAGAAUUGUUUAGUGAAAUGAGCGAGAGUGGUCUCAGUGGGGACGAGCAGACAUUUAUCAACAUCCUGCUCGCAUCGGCUCGGGUCGGUGACAUGACAGCGACCAAGAACAUUCUCAUUACCGUGUGGAACGUUGAUGUGGAUGCACUUAUAGCUACCGAGGAUGAGGCUUCUUUACCUCCUGUCACGCCGUAUGAUACCUGGUCAGGAUUGUACCCAACAGAGCGACUUCUCUUUGCGGUAGCCCAUGCCUUUGGCACGGGUAAUGACUUUCCAGCUGCUAUGCGGACUGUUGACUUCAUCGCUUCCUCAUACAACAUUCCGAUUACAGGCAAGGUUUGGGCUGAGCUUUUUGAAAGAGCGUACACACUUUCAAAGGAACACAAUCGAAGACAGGCGCAUGAUGGACGACAGGGCAAAGUACCCCGAGAGAUAAUCCAUAAGAUGUUUGGCACGAUGACAGCGGAGCCCCACAACGUUUCCCCGACGCUCCAAAUGUAUCGAUUCACAACUCAAACUCACAUCAGAGACGGCAACUUGGAGAUUUGCAAGGAAGACAUGCGCAAGGCAUAUGAUAUCCUCAGCGAGACACGGGCAAGAAGAAGACAAGCACGCGACACCGUCAUGCGCUGCUUGCAGCCUGUUCUUAGAAGCAUGAAAGCACCUUUGAAAGGCGAAAAGAUACCGCCGAACGGCCGAGCGAAGUACCAACGGGAUAAUUGUCUCGAGCCAGACAAGACCCUCUUCCGGUGCCCCCUUCUCACUGAGGCUAUCCACCAUUACGAUCUCCUUCGACUGGAAGUUUUCCAGCAAAUAUAUCUGAUGCAACGCAUUGCCUUUGCCGUCAUCAAAAGGAAGACCUGGAUAGACACGCCCGACAACGUCUGGGAGCAACAAGAACGGCCAAAGCUACAAGAAGAAUGGAAAGAUUUCCUUCCCGAGAUAAACGCCUACGAGAGCACGAGAUCCUACAGAGAGCACGAGAGUGGGACGUUCGAGUUCUUGGGGAGAACAAACUCUCACAGUCGGUACAUGAGUCGACAUGGCCGCAUCCAUGCACGGCGACUUUCAGACCAGACCGAGCUGUUCCACCCGGUGGAGGAGAAGGUGCUUGACGAUAAGGUUUUCUGGGAGCUUUUACUGUACGACUACCCCAAACUGGAUCCGUCCGCCUCGCCACUCAAUCGUAUCUACAGCUUCCAGCUUGAGAAUACCAAAGAGCUCAAACAGAAGCUCAAUAAGUUAGCGACGUGGGUUGAGUACCCCGAAGAGCAUGAGCUGUCUGAGAAGAAUAAUCCCGCGGGCGGGUUCUAUGGUCGAAUCCAUGCUCUUGGAUUUGGUGCUGACCCGAGGCGGUCCAUCUACUGGAGGAAUGGUAGCUCUUGGGGUUGA